CAGUGCAGCACCGUGACUGCGAGGAGGGUUUUUAACCGAGCACUUGAAGAGCACCAUGGCGACCCAAGUGGACGGUUGGUCCUCAGCACCGCAAGCCGACGAGGCAGUUGCUGUGGACCACCAGGCUGAGGCCAGAGGAACCUACAGUGAUGACGGACUGGAUGAGGCGGAGGUCAACGGCAACUGGACACCCCAAGAGAAAGCACUCCAUGAGGCUCGCCUCAAAGCAAAGGCCAAGCGGCGCCUGCGCAGGUCCUCCUCCCGCAACUCGCAGAGCGAGUCAAUCUCCGAAUCGGGUGAGACGCCGGGAGGGGACCCACACGCCGUGAAGGGCAAAGUCCACAACAACGACCGCAAGUCGAGGACAGGCAAAGGCAGAGGCCUGCCAAAGAAAGGUGGGGCUGGCGGUAAAGGAGUUUGGGGCGCUCCUGGAAUGGUUUAUGAAGCUGAGGAGCCGGAUGUACUAGACCCCAACUAUGAUGAAGCUGCUCAGGGUGACACUGUUUAUGAAACAGUUGUGCCAGAGGUAGAAGAGAAGGAACUAGAAAAAAUGGUAAACCCAAUAGUACUGGAGUACUUUGAACAUGGAGACACAAAAGAGGUUGAGGCGUUGCUAAAGGAGCUCAACCUGGGCCAGCAUAAGUACGAGUUUACCUCCGUGGCAGUGUCCCUGUCCCUUGAAGGCAAGGCCAGUCACAGGGAGCUGACCUCCCGUCUGCUCUCCGAUCUGUCUGGGAAGAUGCUCACACAAGAAGACAUCGCCCAUGCUUUCGAUAAGAUGCUUAAAGAGCUGCCAGACCUCAUUCUGGACACACCAGAGGCCCCUCAGAUGUUAGGCCAGUUCAUAGCCCGCGGCAUAGCCGACCACGUCCUUCCCAUGACCUUCCUGGAUACCUACAAAGGGAAAGUGGACUGUGAGCACGCCAGAGUGGCUUUAGACCGUGCAGCAGUGCUGCUGUCCAUGAAGAAGGGGAUGAUUGGUCUCGAUAACGUUUGGGGUGUUGGUGGAGGUCUGAGACCAGUGAAGCAUCUCGUCAAAAAGAUGAACCUUCUCCUCAAAGAGUACCUGAUAUCUGGAGAUGUUUCUGAGGCGGAGCACUGUCUGCGGGACCUGGAGGUCCCUCACUUCCACCAUGAGCUGGUCUAUGAGGCCAUAAUGAUGGUACUGGAGUCAAAUGGGGACACCGCCACUAACAUGAUGAUGAGACUUCUGCAGUCCUUCUGGAAAACAGGCCUCAUCACUGUGGAUCAGAUGAACAGGGGUUUCCAGCGCGUUUAUGAUGAGCUGCAAGAAAUCAGCCUGGAUGUGCCUCAUGCCCAUCAAAUCAUGGAGACCUUUGUGGAUCUCUGCUACCAGGAGUCUGUCAUCACCAAACAGUUGCGGGAUGCUUGUCCUUCCAGAGGGCGGAAGCGUUUCGUCAGCGAAGGAGACGGUGGACUGAUCAAGAAUUAAUGGAUGGGAGGAAAAGUAAGAAGAGGAGGAAAGGGUGGAGGUGUCUACAGCCUGUUCCUCAGCUUCUCGCCUUCCUGUGAUUCCCAACCCGGAGCGUUCCUCUUCUGUUAUGUCAUAUCACAAACCAGCAUUCAUGUCAAACAGAGGAGCUGCAUGGGCCCUCUUAUCCCUUCAUGUUAAUUAUAGUUUGUGAAGAAUAUUCGGUCUUUGUACCUGUUUGGAAUAAUUCAAGUUGGAGCUUUUGGGAAACAGGUGGAGAGACCCGAGUUGUGGUGGGGAGGGGGUCUUGUUUUUGGUUUGUUCUGCAUUUUUCCCAUGUUUUUCUUAUGCAGGCACUAAUAAUGAGGGGAUACUGUAAAGUCAGUGAGCUCAGCAGCAAACAAAUAAAUCUGCUUAUCCUCUGCUACAGACUAUCUGAAAUAAUUUCAAAGAAAUUGUUUUCUGUACAUUCUUAUUCCUGUAUUUCUCUCAGUUCUUUGUAAACAGAGGCUUUUUUUGUUUGUUUGUUUCCAUCUUGGUCACUUGGACCAUGUGUUUACUUAGUAAAACAUCAGUCGCAUUGAGAUGGGUCACUGUUUCUUUAAAAACACAAUUUAAGUAGAUAUACAUGAAUCACUAUCUCUGGGAUUUAAGCAAUUGGGGUUUAAUGUGUGUAAAGGAUAGUUAUGUAAAACUUUAACGGUCACUUAAAAGAGGAUUGAAGAUUUUUGCUUCCAGUUAAGUAAUGUAUGCAACUACAGUGGUCAGUUUGAAGAAAUGGAUUGAAAAGAGGGUGGGAAUGUGUUUUCAAAAGAAGCUGGGAUUGGUUUAAUACCUGAACAAACUUGUUCCAGCAGCUUCAUACCUUGGAAUAGCAGUUUGUCAGUAAGACUUUUCUACCCCCUAUCUGACAGUUUUACAUGUUGACCAAAGUUGUUCAAAAUAUUUGAGUUGAAAUCUUUCAUUCAAUAAAAAAAAAAAAAAUGCAACAAAA